CCCUAUCUGAUCUUCGGCCAUGGUAAGGCUAUAUACCGGAUGGACCUUGAUGGAGGGAAUCAAAAAAGGGUUGUGACCGGUGUUGGAACCUCUAUUCUACUGGACUUCCACUACACAGAGGGGAGAGUUUACUGGGCCGAUAAAAAGACAGGGGUCAUCUACAAAGCAGCGAUGGAUGGAACACAGAGACAGAAGCUGCACUCGUCUGAGAAAGGGAUCUCAGGCCUUGCGGUCGACUGGGUUCACAAUUUUGUCAUUUGGACCAGUGGAGAAGUGGGAAGUAUCAAAAGAGUGGAUACAGAUGGGAAAAAUGAGAGGACUCUUCUAAGACAUUUAUCGCAGCCAAUCUCCAUAGCAGUUGCACCAAAUGACAGAUUUAUAUUCUGGCUGUCUGAUGGAAUCACACCCAGUAUUCAGAGGUCGGAUGUAGCGGGAGAGAUGAUUACUACAGUGCUGAAGAUUCCGGAGAGACUGGGAGGGCUGUCGGUUGACCGGACGGACAAGAGACUGUUCUGGGUCCAGUUCAGUCUGGAGGGAGAAAGUGCCAUUGGGUCGUGUGACUACAACGGGAAUGUUGUCAAUGUCAUUGACCAGCCACUACUGUCUCAGUCUUUGGGGAUGUCUGUGUUCCUGGAGCAAGUCUUCUACACUGAUAUGAGUUCACGGACCAUACGGCAAGUCAAUAAGUACUCAGGGGUUGAGGCAGAAAACAUCAACCUAAAGCGAAUGACACACCCCGCUACUGCUGUCAAGGUGGUACAUCCCCUCAACCAGCCAAUUGAAGACUCCAUGCCUGUCUUUUCAGUGUGUGAUGGUCGUACAGGAGUGUGUGUGAAUGUCUGCUCCAACCCAGCUGAGCAGGGGAUCUGCCAGUGCACUAAAGGCUUUGCCCUUAGCAAACAUGGGAACUACUGUGAAGAUGUCAAUGAGUGUGGCCUGUGGGACCACGGCUGUUCCCUGGGCUGUGAGAACAUUCCAGGCUCCUACUUUUGCACCUGCCCCAAGGGUUACGCUCUGCUUCCUGAUAGGAAAACCUGCCACGAGAUCUCACCAUGUCUGGCCAAUAUGACCCAGUGCGAUAAUGGAUGUAUUGCUACUGGUGAGGGGACCAUCUGUGUGUGUCUAGAGGGGUCCCUACUACAGCCGGAUGGACAGACCUGCAGAGGCUGCACCUCUUCCGACCGAGGGGGCUGUAGUCAGCAAUGUUCCCCCAUCACUCCUGGUAGGUGGGAGUGUGACUGUCUGCCUGGGUACAAGCUCCACCAAGACGGUAAACGCUGCACAGCCACUGGACCCCCACCUUAUCUGCUGUUUGCCAACAUAGUAAACAUCAGACGUGUUAAUCUGGAUGGGACUGGUGACCAAAGCCUUGUGGAGGAGCCGAGCGGAACAGUAAUAGCUCUGGACUAUGAUCCCGUACAAAACAAAGUGUACUUUGCCAGUACAGUACUGAAGCAGAUUGAGCGUGCUGAUUUGGACGGCGGGUCCAGGGAGGUUUUGCUCACUGAGGAGUUGGACUCACCAGAGGGCCUGGCUGUGGACUGGGUCAACCGCAAGCUCUACUGGACUGACCGAGGCCUCUCAACUAUUGACCGCAGCACCUUGGAUGGCUUCGACAGAGAGACCAUUAUUAGCAAAGGCAUACAGAAACCAAGGGGAAUUGCAGUUCAUCCUUUAGCCAAGAAGUUGUUCUGGACCGAUAUGGGUACCAGGCCUGUGUUGGAGAGUGCGUCUUUGGAAGGAAGUGAUCGUGCGGUCAUCGCAAGCGCCGACUUGGUGUCUCCUAGUGGUCUGACCAUUGACUUCACUGAAGACAGGCUGUACUGGUGUGACAGCAAGAGGGGCGUACUGGAGACGGCAUCCCUGGAUGGCUCCAACCGACAAGUCCUGACAGAGAACGAAGUAGGUCAACCUUUUGACCUGGCAGUGUUUGAGGAUAGGUUGUGGAUCACGGACAGGGAGCAGCAGCUGCUCCUGAGCGUUGACAAAUGGACGGGGAUGGACCCAGAGCGUCUCCAUGGCAACAUGGUCCAACCAGCAUCCAUAGUUGUGGUUCACCCCCUCGCCAAGCCAGGAGCAAAUGUUUGUCUCUAUCGAAAUGGGGGCUGUGCUCAGGUGUGCGAGAGCAGGCUAGGAUUCGCCCACUGCUCCUGUCACUCACACAUUGCCCAAUCAGCUGAUGGCAAAGGCUGCUUGCCAUCCUACAGAUCAACAGGUGAUAUGAACUCCAAUUCUGGAGAUGGUGAGUCUGCAGACCCGUUCUCUCUGAAAAACAAAACUUUGAAUGAUGAGAGCAUGCCUCUCCCUCCCACACUCUUCAUUGAGACAAUGGUGUCAGACCAGGAUGACUGCUUCUCUCUCCGCUGUGAUGUGAAUGCGCAAUGUCUACUGGAUGGAGGCAACCCCACCUGCCACUGCCUGGAAGGUUUCACUGGGGAUGGAGAGCUGUGUUUGGACCUUGAUGAGUGCAUGUUGGGGAUGGCCCUGUGUAGUAUCCAGAGCUCAGUGUGUGUCAACACUGCUGGUGGAUAUUACUGCCAGUGUCGCCCUGGCUUCAGUGGAGAGGAGCACCACUGUACCGAUUUUGACGAGUGUAAAAUGGGAACACACAAAUGUGAUGAGCGAGCGGAAUGCAUCAAUACUAUAGGGAAGUACCGCUGCAAGUGUCAAGCUGGCUACAGUGGUAAUGGACACACAUGCCAAGAGUUGUCAACUACGUCCUCGUGGGUGACCACCAGUAGGCCUAUGGACGUCACCAGCCAAUGGCUGAACACUAACACAGUGGAGAGCUGCCCCUCAUCUCAUGACACUUACUGUCUCUACGAGGGAGUCUGCUUGUACUUCCCAGAGAUGGAGUCCUAUGCCUGCAACUGUAUCUCGGGCUACAUGGGAGAGCGCUGUCAGUUCAGUGAUCUGGAGUGGUGGGAGCUACAGCAGGCCGAACAAGAGAAGAGAAGGAACGUGGCCAUCGCCCUGGGCAUGGUGGUCCUCAUCACCCUGCUCUCCAUUGCUGCCUGCGUCACCUACUGCUACGGGUCCAGGAGAUUUGUUCGGAAACACCCCUCGGUGGAUGACAUGAGCGACACAAGCACCAGUGAUGACACCAUGUCAGAGACCACCGUCCCCAAGACGCCACGGUUCUAUGUUGUUUUGGAACACGGUGGCGAUGGAAAGGUCAUUCACGUCAUGGGCUGUCCAAGAAGAGCUGUUUGUCCCUCUUGCUCCUCCGAAACAGGUGAAAGCUUUGUGUCAGAGGAGGCAGUGGCUAUUCCCAAACUCAAUAAAGGGUAUGAGUGCUCUUUUGGAUUGGCUACCAUGGAGACCAACAAGACGGGCGCCAACCACCUCAAGUCCAUCGACAACCUCAUCUUCCUGGAUGACCCUCAGCCUGCCUCUGCCAUCCCUCAGCUCACCUGAGGCCAUGCCCACUCAUAUACCCUUAUGAAAUGAACCCACCCCGAAAUGAGAAACCAAAAACACACACUGGGACCUGGAGAUUGCUAGCCUGGAAUCCACACUGAAUAUCGUCCUAGUAGACUGUCCAACUGCCCAUCUAUUGGAGCUUCUCCAGACUGAGUUCAGGAAACAAUAGUGAAACAAAGUGAUAUUCAGUGUCGAUUCCAGGCUAGGAGAACCCUUAGGUUGCUUAAGACGCUGUCUUUCCUUGAUGUUUAUAGCCCUGUUUUCUCUAGGGAGUGGGUGUAUUGCCGGCUUCUCUGGAUGCCUCUUCCCGAUAGCUAAACAACAGCACCUUCUGUGCAUGUGAGACACUCGCAGAACACCUACACGUGCAGAAAGUUUGGCUGCCCAGUGGUGGAAGGCUAUUUCAUUGAUGCGCUGUCUAUCGAAUCCUGCAGUAUUGCAUGAUCACUGAGAAGCGAAAUAACAGCUGUAUCUUAUUUAUGGUUAAAAUGCCGUUGCUUUGCCCCAAUGCACUGUGAAGACAGGUCUAAGCUACAUGGUACAUGUUAUGUUGUCAUGCAGGCUAAGUGCGUUUGGUUUCGCCCCACAUUUAGGAUAAGAAUAUUGUCUGUGUCCUCCUUAUGUUCAAAUCACCACAGGGUUUGUAUUUCAGCUGUUCAGAACUAAAGUAAAGUAACACAUGCACAAAAGGUAAUAUGGUUGUUUAGCUCUGGGGAAGAGGUGUCCCGGGGGGGCGAGACUGGGGCUGAACAGGCAGUCCAGUCUGGUCACACAGCCUCUGCCUAGUCUAUAUUUAGGUAGACCUAUGUGGGGGGGGGGAUUAAUCUCUAUCCGCAACAUUUGCAUAUCCUUCAUUUUUCUGGUGUUCCAACUAGGAUAUUUGUUUAUAGUCACCUGUCCUUGCUAGCUGCUGUAUAAGAGAUGUGUUAAUGUUUUAUAAGACAAAACGUGCCAUGCUAUAUCACAUUUCAAAUGCACGUAUUGAAUCAAGGCUUGCUUCAUUAAAAAAAAGAAGAAAAAGUUCAUUGAUUAAAAAGUUGCUUCUCUGAGUGUAAGGUUGCUCAGUGUAGAUUUGUGCCUUCCAAAGAUUGCGUUGCCAUAAUACAUGUUCAAAAGUUUUCGAGAGGUGUUUCUUUCUAUUCAGCUUCAGUGUGAUGAUGUCAAUGUGACCUAUUCAAAGAUUGCUUGCUUUGGUAAUGAUCAAUGAUCAACAACCGAUUCGAUUUGGACAAUAACCUGUGAUGCACAGUGAAUCAUUGUAUUGCGAUCACACCUCUCAGAGGUUUAGGCCUACUCAUUAAUGGCAGCAUAGUGAAAUAGAGGGAAAUGGAACAGAGUGAAGAAAGAACAUACCAAAAAUGGAGAGUUCAGGCAGAGCACCUGUGUAUAAGCUUGGAGGAGGAGAGUGGAGGAUAGUAUCAAUGUCAAUGAACAAAUGUAUAGCUCUGUCAAUUUUAUGAAUAACUCCAGUAAAUAUUUUACUUGUAUUUUAGUACAUUGUUUAGCCAUCCUGUCAUCUGCCAGCAUAUAGUUUGUGUGACUUUGAUGGUAUAUUUAUUUUUAUACAGGUAAAUAUCAUUUUCAUUCCUAGUCCUCCAAUUUUCUGAUAUACACUACUGGUCAAAUAUUUUAGAAUACCUACUCAUUCAAGGGUUUUUCUAGAUGUUCUACAUAGUAGA